GUUUCAUUUCAGGGACAGUGGGGACCACCACUGUAUGAUUUCAAGGAGCAGAACUCAACUUAUUACUCUUUUAUAAUAGGGGCAGAUGCGGUAGGGAGAGAUCCACAAGGGUUUGCGAUGAUUCAAUUUAUUGACCCAUUUUUAGUUAACCACAGUAACGUCGUGCAAAAUAGGAGAACGCCAACUCCUUAUCAGCCCGAGGAAAGAGAGAAAGUGAUCGCGGUAGAUUAUACUAGACUUAAACCCCUAGACAUCAUUGAACGCGCCACAGGUUACACAGAUAGCAACUUAUGGCUUGACUGGCUUAUUCAGUCUGCCAAGGAACAAAAUGUAGGUGAUUGUGUGGCAUGUGCAUCAGGCAGACCUCAAUUAUACACGGAACCUGCCCCCCUGUAUCCGGAUGAUACGUGGGGCUUUGAAUGCAUGUUAUCGUUAACAAAAACACCUACACCAGAAAAUUGCACAAACCUAGCCAGCAUUUUUCCAGUGAUAGAUAAUAACACUAAACCAGGUGCCUUCACUCCACACAGUAGUGAUCGGUAUGUGUG